GCGUGCUUUUCGCGCCCUGAACAAUCCUUUCCUUUCGCACCCAACCACCAGCCAAUGGAUAGCAAAGACAAUCUAUGGACCCGUCGAUCCAACACCAGCAAACUCUCACUGUCCAUGUCCCAUUCGGGAGGACAUGCUGAUAAACCCGAUUCUUCCCAGCGCCCUUUUUCCGCCACGAAGCGUUUUGGUGGCGACACAUCCUCCCACGGCGGCCGCAACCCCUUCAACGCUAUCCACUCGCCCAUAACCGGCACCGGCCUCGCCUCCCCUACCACUGCCGGGUCAUCGGCUUUUGGUCUGGGUUCGGGCGCAUUCGCAUCGUUUGGUUCGGCUACCAAGACUCCCAAGACGCCGGGGACCGCUUUCGAUUUCAAGUCUGUCGCAGCGGGCGGCACCCCUUCGACACCAAGCGACAAGAAGGAGAAGGCGAGUCAAAUCGCACAAAGCUCCCGAAAGGAAUCGCUGUCCACAGCUGCCUCGGAAGAGGUGGCCACUUCUUCGGCUCCGCCAGACACUGGUGCGCCGUGGCCGCUCAAGUACACCUGGGUGAUCUGGUAUCGCCCUCCUACGCCCAAAAACUCAGAUUACGAAAAGUCAACCAAGCCUCUGUGUCGUAUAAGCACGGCGCAGGACUUCUGGAAAACCUUUAUUCAUCUGAACCGACCAUCUACACUGCCGACCGUUUCCGACUAUCACUUUUUCAAAGAGGGUAUCCGCCCGGUAUGGGAAGAUGAAGAAAACAAGCGGGGUGGCAAGUGGAUCAUGCGCCUCAAAAAGGGCGUGGCGGACCGUUACUGGGAGGAAUUGCUCAUGGCUCUGAUUGGUGAUCAGUUCAUGGAGGCAGCCGACGAGGUAUGCGGCUUUGUGCUGAGCGUUCGAAGUGGCGAAGAUGUCUUCAGCAUCUGGACCAAGAACGAUGGCGGCCGCAACAUCAAGAUUCGCGAAACCGUCAAGCGCGUCCUCGGCCUCCCCGAAGGAACCAACAUUAUUUGGCGCAGUCACGACGAGAGUAUCGCACAGCGAAGCGCGAUCGAUCAAGCACGACAUGAUAAGGGCCACCAGGAGAAGCGACGACUACCCGCCGCAGAUGAGUCCAAGGAGAAGAACGUGUCAUAGUUUGCGACUUCCCUUGGACUUGCGUCAACCUCUCAGCAUGCUCACGGUGUUAUUUAACAGCGUCUUUUCUUUUUCUUGGUUACCACGUAUUGGCUUACCUUUGACUAUCUUUCCCUCUGACGGAGGUUUUGUAUUCUACUGGUCUCAUUGAACCACUGCCUGGAAGCUUUGGUAAUGACGGUGCGUUCAAUAACGGUCCGAUGGGUCAAGCCGUCAAACGCUUUAUGCUGAACAUGAAUGUGAAUAUGAAACGAGUCCACGGAGAUAUGACUCUUUCUUGCUGUCACUCGUGAGUUUGGAUUCUUUCGUGUGUUUUGCGGUAUGCCAUUUACGUGUACUCGCAUCGAGUACCUCAUGUUUGUCGUGAUGUAUUGAUUGCUAUUUUGGGAUGGUGUAUGCUCUUGCUACGGCAAAGAGAGUGGAAAUGGAAACAACACUCGUAAUAUGGAAUUUCAAAAAUCUCCAAGAAAUCUUCGAUAGUUUCAGGGGACUGAUUGAUUGAUGAUGGUGAUAGACUACGGGCAAACUGCCGCAAACUCAUCAUAAUUUCUAUCAGGACGU